AUGGGCAUUGUCGAAAAGCAGACCCCAUCACCACCACCUGACGAGGCACAGGUGGUCGUCGCCGUUGACUCGGUCCCCCGGGAUGCAACGGACGACGAGGUAGAGAACCUCCCGCAUCUUGUUGACAAACUCCCACCCGCAGCAUGGGCGGCCGCUCUGAUCGGUGCAUCCGAAAGGUUCAGCUACUACUGUUUCGUCUCCAUCUGGCAGAAUUACAUGCAAAAUGAACGAGGCUCUCAUGCAGUACCAGGAGCUCUCGGACUUGGCCAAGCUACCGCCACGGCUAUAUCCAAUGGCUUCUUCAUCUUUCUCUUCCUGAUGCCGAGUGGCUUCGCAGUGGUCUCCGACGUAUAUCUUGGGCGCUAUAAUACUCUCUUGCUGGGGCUUGCACUCUCCCUUUGCGGGUCGCUCGUCAUGUUUGCGACGGCCCUGCCCUCUUCCCUUGAUAGCGGCGCAGGCCUACCAGGCUUGAUCGUCGCCAUGGUCCUGGUAGGCCUGGGCGUGGGUGCAACCAAAGCAACCGUCUCCCCGUUCAUCGGUGAGAACCUGCAUCAGAAAAGUCUGGAAUGGCAGCGGCUUCUCGUACGACAGAGAAACGGGACCCUUGCCGUGGUCGACGGCACGAGAACGCUGCAGUUCCUCUACAAUGCCUUUUACUGGUUCACAAACAUCGCCUCCCUCUCCUCCGUGCCCGCCACAUUCCUGGAAAUGGAGUUUGAUUUUUGGGCGGCCUAUCUCAUGGCAGCCAUCUCCCUGGUGCUUGCUGCGAGUCUUCUCUUGCUGUUCAAAUCGCGUCUGGUCAAGAUCCGACCAGGCGGAAACAGCCUCCCACAAGCCAUCAGGGUCAUGACCAUGGCAGCACGAAACGGCUUCAACCUCGACCAUGCGAAGCAGUCAUAUCAGAUGGAGGCCUGUGGCGCCCAGGUCCCAUGGGGCGACAAGUUCGUCGACGAGUUGAGGCGCAGCCUCCUGGCGUGCCGUGUCAUCUUCUGCUUCGCCUUCUUCUAUCUGGCAAUCACGCAAAUGUUCAACAACCUCAUCUCGCAGGCUGGCCAGAUGCAGCUCCACGGCGUGCCGAACGACAUGCUCCAGGCCAUGGCCGGCGUGGCCUGCGUGGUCUUCGGCCCCGUCAUCCAGGCCCUGUACAACUUCCUCGCCAAGCACCGCAUCUCCUUCGGCCCCAUGGCCCGCAUCGCCCUGGCCUUCCUCAUCUGCGGCGCCGGCAUGGCCUACGCCGCCGGCCUCCAGAAGAUCAUCUACUCCGCCGCGCCUUGCUACGACGCGCCCCGCGCCUGUCCCGCCUCGGACGGCGGACGCCUGCCCAACGAGGUCAACGUCUGGGCCCAGCUGCCCGUCUACGUCGCCCUGGCCGUUGCCGAGAUCUUUGGUCUCGUCACGGCGAGCGAGUACGCGUACUCCAAGGCCCACAAGGACAUGAAGAGCAUAGUCCAGGCCAUGGUCCAGCUGAGCGCCUGCAUGGGAUCCCUGAUGGCCAUGGCCCUCAGCCCCGUGUCGCGGGAUCCCCAUCUCGUCAUCGUGUAUGCCGCCAUCGCGGGCGUCAUGGGCCUUUGUUCGGCCCUCUUCUGGUGGAAGUUCCGCAAGUAUGACCGGCUGGAUCGUGAGUUGAAUAACCUAGACCGGGCAAAUUGA